UAAUAAAUCUUUCAGUUAUCCCAGUGAUGAUCCUGGUGAAUCCUGACUCAUUCAUCCUCGCAACAGUCACGACUGUGGGCCGGUGCAGCGCUGACUCUGCACAAAGUAAAACAGACGCCCCCUUCGCACUCCCCUUACUCCACGCGUGUGUGGUAUUGGUGUGUGUCGGUGAGUGAGGUGGGGAAAGGCAGUGGGUGAGCUUCCUAUGCGGAUUUUACAAUUGACUCCCCGCCCGGCUUCCACGCACCAAAACCGUGAUUUAGACAGUCCGGGGGGGUCUUCACCUGGGUCGGCAUUUGUUAUCAACGCUGCGUGUUUCACUGUGGUCACGAGGCAAGGGAGGACAUCAUCUUGGACCUGCAAGGGGGAGAGGCAGUGCGGCGAGGGAAUGAGCAAUGGGAAAGCUUCACCUGUUGAAGGCCUGCUCUUCACUUACGAUCACUCUGACUCCUCCAUCACCUGUCAACAUGACAACCUCAGCCCUGCGUAGGCAGGUGAAGAACAUAGUUCACAACUAUUCCGAAGCGGAGAUUAAGGUUCGUGAGGCAACCUCUAAUGAUCCAUGGGGGCCGCCAUCGUCUCUCAUGUCAGAGAUUGCUGAUUUGACAUUUAAUGUGGUGGCUUUUGCUGAAGUCAUGGGCAUGGUGUGGAAGCGCCUCAAUGACAGUGGCAAGAACUGGAGACAUGUCUACAAGUCCCUGACCCUAUUGGACUACCUACUGAAGACGGGAUCAGAGAGAGUGGCUCAACAGUGUCGAGAGAAUGCAUUCACUAUUCAGACGCUUCGUGAUUUUCAAUAUGUUGACCGUGAUGGCAGAGACCAAGGGGCCAACGUCCGAGAAAAAUCGCGCCAACUGGUGUGUCUUCUCCGGGAUGAAGACCGUCUUCGUCAAGAGAGAACUCAAGCUCUGAAGACUAAAGAGCGAAUGGCCGGUGGAGCGGGUAGUGGCGGAGGGGCCAUGUAUGGAGGAAUACCCUCAUCCUAUCACCCGGGCAGGCGGACUAGCCAGCCCAGCAUGGCUGCACUCUAUGGGGAAGAGUUAAGCCGCUCCAGAGGUUCUCCAUCCUCCUUCAACUGUGAGCGUUCAGUCGAUUCAUUACACUGCGUUGGGGUUUUUACGACAUUAGCAGCCUCAUCUUCAUCUCCUCGAGAUGCCUCUGAGCUGGAACAGGCUCGACCACAAACCACUGGGGAAGAAGAGCUUCAGCUCCAGCUGGCUUUAGCCAUGAGCAGAGAAGAGAAUCAGAAGAAUCUGAUGUGCUCACUGAUGAUGUCAAAGAUGCCAACCCUGCAGGAGCGGCGCUGUCGCCAAGGAGACGUGUCUGUCCUGCAGAAGGUCGUGAUUGAGAGCAGGAGAGCCAGCCAGUCAGGGACACAGGAGUCGACAAUGCUGGACCUUGUAGACGUCUUUGGUGCAUCCUCUGAAAGGCCACCUCCGCCUGGUGACCCCUGGGACGCUGCCCGGCCUUCCUGUAACAUCACUUCUGACCCUUGGGAUUCUGUAGCCGUCCCAUCCUCGAACGCUGCUAAUCCAUGGGCCCCUUGGGCCGACUCGUGCAGAGAGCCAUGGGAGGCGGUGCCCACCUGCAACCCUCCAGUCAAUCACACGUGGGAAAGAUCAAACGAGCACGAGAGUGAUGGGACAUAUAUGGAGAGUCCACAUGAAACGGAGAAGCCUCAGCAGGAUGUUCCUCAAUUGUCUUCUUCUCAGCCAGAGAGUCAAACAGAUUCUGAAGUACGUGAGACUGAAGACAUGUUCUGUGGAGCAGCAGAUGAUCCAUUCAGAAAUGAAGCUCCGGUGAAACCUCAGCUCAAUGGUCGGGACUCAGACAGUCCAGAGAUGAUGGAUCCGUCUCGACUCGCACCGCCUGUAAGCACUACGCCACGUAUGUGUCAGACCCCUGAAGCCUUUCUUGGACCUACGGGGGCCUCAUUGGUCAAUUUGGACACACUGAUACCCCCAACUCCGCCAAGCAAGGCGCACAACAACCCCUUCCUCUCAGGUCUGAGCAGUCCAUCUCCUACCAACCCCUUCCACUGUGACCAGCCUCGCCUUACCCUCAACCAAAUGCGCCCAUCCUCGACAUCUCCGCUGCCCCCGCACAUGCUGUCCUACAGUCCGUCACUUCCACUACCUCUCCUUCACAGAGGGUCAACUCUUCCCUCUUCGCAGACCCAGCCUCCCGCCAGACUUAUGGACCUUCCCUCCAACCUUCUCCAACCAAUGCUCCCCCUCUCUUCGCAGCCCAUGGCUAACAUUCAAUCCCAAGCACAGACACAGAACCACAACCCGUUCCUCUGAGACUUCAUUUGCUUUUGCCAUUUGCACACUCUGGACUAUAACUUGAGCCGGAACCAGAGUCAAGAUCUUAUUAAAUGUCUGUGUGCACACAUGAAAUGGAUCAAACAUCGACUGGAAAUUCAGCAAGCCUCAUGAUAUUGCAGGAACGUUUUUGUCGAGGUAUCUUCAAAUCUAUAUUACAGUGCACUUCUGUCCCUGUCCAUCUAAUUUCAUCAAAAUGCUUAUUGCAGCAUUAAUAAUGCUAUGGUUACAAUAGCAAAACUGUCCAUUGAUAAAUUGUUCACUAAUUUGA